AUGCUGCCAUUCGUCGUGCGGUUGUACGCCAUUGUCGAGCGGUUGUACGCCAUUGUCGAGCGGUUGUACGCCAUUGUCGAGCGGUUGUACGCCAUUGUCGAGCGGUUGUACGCCAUUGUCGUGCGGUUGAAAGAUGUGUUUUAUGGCGACGCAAACACCCCAUUUACGGCGCACACACCGACUCCCGUGGCCGCCGCAUUUGAACCCCCGCGCCAGCUGCGACACCAACUGGCACCACCGACCUGCCCCCUGUCCCCGAUGACGAUGAUAUGGGAUAAGGCGAUGAGCGCUGCUUCGUGUACAACGCCGGCGCUCCCUGACCCGCCCUCGUUCAGGCAGCUUCACCAAGUCGGGGCGGCGGUGUUCAUCCGCCUGUACAACAAGGACGUCUUUACCAAGAAGCGUGUGGCGAUGUGGGACAUGGCCAACCGCGACUACCGUGGCGUUGCGAACACACAGUGGGCCGCAUGGUUUAGCAAGGCCUUUGAAGAGAAGCCUCAAGACCUAGAAGUGCUCAAGAAGCGUUUGACGACGGCGAUCCGGUUCGACACGACCAUCCUGGACGCCGACUCGCAGAUUGGCAAGAUGCUUGACAACUUGAUGCAAGCCUUGGAACGCGACGACGAAGCGUGGGACUUGGAAAAAGAGAAACCAUGA